CUUGUCCGAGCAGCUUCUGACUUUACUUUUUUGCGCCAACUCCUUUUCAAGCUUGAUUCUCCCCUCCCUUUCAUUCACUGGGUGGCUAAUGUGGUCGCCGAAGAUUGGGGAAUCUUUUCUUGUGUAAAUCUUUCAUUUUGCUAGGUCACUCGUUAUUCCUCCAUCAUGUAGGUUUUUCUUAUGCCUAUAGUGGCGAUAAGCUUAUCAUAUACAGGGCGCGGGCAACACGCAGUAACAACCAGAACGCUCAAGACCAGAACGCUCAAGCUGGUCAAAACGACCAGAAUGGCCAGACAAAUCAAUCUAAUCGACAAGGUCGUGCUGUCUAUGGACCUCAAUCAGCGCUGACUGAUUUUCUUGCUUCGCACAAUAUCUCUGCUGCUCAGAUCCGCUCAGAUGCUGAAGCACGUCGCCGACAAGCUGCACGUGAGGAUGCAGCUCAAGAUGAGAACGGGAACGGCGAGUCCUCUGCAGCAGGUGCCAGGUCCGGGCGACGUUCUAGUCGCAACGACAAUGACGAAGCUUCACUCAAGCGUAAGCGAGAAGAAGAGAAGAAACUCGCAAAGAUCAAGGAGAGCAAAGCUUUCAAGAAGCGCAAGCAACGAACAGACUUAUCUGAUGAUGAAAUUGCUCAUGCGCUAAUGGAAUCGAACUCUGGCCCCCUGCCUGGACAGAUAGAGCACUGCGAAAUUUGCGAGAAACGAUUCACUGUCACACCUUACUCGGUCGCUGGUCCUAACGGAGGACUUCUUUGUCCUCCUUGCGGACGAGAGAUGGCCAAAGAACGAGAAGGUGGCCAAAAAAAGAAGCCGAAGAAACCGGUCAAUACGGGUCCUGUUGGAAGACGUCGCGCAAUUCAAAGUCGGAUACUUGACGGCGACGUUGGUACCAAGAGCUUGGCCACACUGUGUGUACAGACUCUGGCCAAGAACGUCGAUCUGGCUGACAGUCUUGGAGACCUUCCUGAUCACUUGAUCGACAAAAUUGCACGCAUGUUCUCCAAGCGUCGACUCCUCAAGCCAGAGACUUUGCCCCUUUUCGUCCAGCCCGGCACCGAGGACCUCCAUAUCUAUGAUGGCGCAAAGCUUGGUGAACAAGAUUACAUUUCCAUCUUUCAGACGGCUUCGAAACUCAAAAAUCUGAAGAUCCGAUGUGGUAUUCAGUUCAAGGACGAGGUCAUGGAUUACCUCUUGUCCCGUGACAUCAAUCUCGAAACAUUCUACCUUCACGGAGCCAAUCUUUUGAGCGAUGAGAAGUGGCAUAAGUUCAUCCAGGAGAAGGGCGAGAAGCUGAAGGGUAUCCAAGUCUAUUAUACAGACAAUCACUUUGGUGACGAAACCAUAGCCACGCUGAGAGAUCAUUGCCCCAAUCUCAAGCGACUCAAGGUUGAGAAUAACCAAAAGCUAACCAACGACGGUGUCAAAACGAUCGCAAGUUUGUCGACUCUAGAGCAUCUCGGACUUCAGUUACAGCACAAGACUGAAUCUGACGCUUACAUCGAAGUUGUCUCGAAAAUCGGUGUCAAUCUCAAGACCUUGUCUCUGAAGAUUGUUCCUGAAGUUGACGAUGGGCUGUUGCAGGCUAUUCACGAGCAUUGUCGCUCCCUUUCCAAGUUCCGAAUCACGGACAGUGAGUUUAUGACUGACCAGGGUUUUGUUAAUCUUUUCACCAAAUGGGCCAAUCCUCCCUUGCACUUUGUGGAUCUCCAGAAAUGUCGACAGAUUGAUGCAAGUAAGCCUCGGGAGAACCCAGAUAGCGUUGGGCUCUGCAGUGAGGGUUUCAAAGCGUUGAUGGCUCAUUCGGGUGAGAAGCUUCAGUACCUCAACAUUCAUGCUUGCCGUCAUAUCUCACGCGAGGCUUUCGAAGAGGUCUUCCACGAGGAUGCUCGUUACCCAGAGUUGAAAGAUCUGGAAAUCAGCUUCUGUGAAGAGGUGACUGAUUUCAUUUUGGGGUCAAUCUUCCGAUCUUGUCCCAAGAUCCGAGAGGUCAACGUUUUUGGAUGCAUGAAGGUCAAAGAGGUCCGCGUACCUCGUGGUGUCAUCCUUGUUGGUGUUCCUAAUGCUCAAGGCAUGGUGGUUGAGGGAUCUCAUGAUUAAUCCCUGAUACAGCGCGUGGUGAUUGGUGCUUGGAGUUAUGAAACAAUUUGAGCAUGGCCUUUGAGUCAGUAGCAGGGCAUUGCAUGGCGCACGGUAAUGUGUAAAGCUAGUGAAUGAAAUAUGUUUUUUAUAUCCUAUUUGCAUCAUAUGUACUAUGGUUUCGUUCAUGAAUCAUGUCAUUUCCCAUUAAACCUCAUA